AUGGCGUCACUCGCUGAACAAAUCGCCCAGUUUGAGACACUGCGUGCGCAGGCAGAGCCUCUACCCACCGACAGCGCAGCCUACACCACCUCGGCCUUCUUCAAGUCAAAGCAUGCCGGCCAAGGCAAGUCAAAGGCAAAACAAUGGGAUCAUCGCCUCAGCGUAGACAGUCGCUCGCAAGGAUCAUCUCCUCUCAAGACGGCCAACCGCGGCAAGAACAUGGACAUGAUCACACUCGGCACCGCGCGUCCGUCGCCACAGUUUUACCCAUAUGAAUCUAUCACUGUCAACGUGGUCGACGAUGCUUCGGCUAAGGAAAAUAAGCCUACAACCGCUAUCACCUGCUCAAAGGGCGAGAACGCCUACAACUUGGCGGCUGCGCUCAACUACGGCUUCCCCGCCGGAUCGCCCCAGUCGGUGCGCUUCAUCACGGAGCACGUUGAGAUGGUGCACAACCCGCCGUAUGAGGACUGGAAGACGAGUCUGACAUGUGGAACUACUUCUGGCCUCGAAAUGGUGUUUCGAAUCUUUUGUAACCCAGGCGACAACAUCCUGGUCGAAAAGUACUCGUACACGGGCACUAUUGUCUGCGCCCGCGCGCAAAGAAUCAACACGGUGCCCAUUGGUAUGGACGAGUUCGGUUUGUCUGCCAAGGAACUGGAUCAAACAUUGGAAAACUGGGAUUCCACCAAGUCCCACAAACCAUACGUCCUGUACACGAUCCCUACCGGCCAGAACCCAACCAGUGUUUCGCAGAGUGUUGAGCGUCGCAAGGAGAUCUACAAGGUUGCCGAAAAGCACGAUCUCAUCAUUGUGGAAGAUGAUCCCUACUUUUUCUUGCAGAUGGGCAGGCCGUCAAAACUGGAGACUGGUAGCAAGGAGGCUCUCCAAGAAUACGUGGAGAAGCUGCCACCAUCGUACCUGUCGCUAGACGUGUCCGGCCGCGUGGUUCGUCUAGAUUCCACCUCCAAGAUUCUGUCGCCCGGUCUUCGUCUUGGCUGGUUGACAGCCUGUACUCAGAUUGUCGACUUGUUUGAGGCCUAUUCGGAAGUGAGCGUCAUGUCUCCUAGCGGGCCCUCCCAAGUCAUGAUGUACAAGCUGCUGGACCAGACCUGGGGCCACACUGGCUUUGUUCGGUGGCUGGCGCAUCUGUCCGACGUCUACACCAACCGCCUCAACAUGAUGCUUGAGGCAUGUGAGAAGCACCUACCCAAAGACAUCUGCUCGUGGAGGGUGCCUGAUUCGGGCAUGUUUGUUUGGAUUAGCGUGGAUGUGACCAAGCACCCGAAGUCUUCUGGAGAGACCACCAAAGAGUUUCAAAUGGCAGUCGAGGGAGCACUGUACGAAAAGUCGAGGGACAACGGUGUGUUGAUCAGCAGAGGCAGCUGGUUUCUUGCGGACCCGAAGCAAGUCAGCGAGGCAGCUCUGCGUGUCACUUUUGCAGCUGCUACGGAGCCGGAGCUGGCGCCUGGCAUUGAGCGCCUAGGAAAAGCCGUGCGGGAAGAGUUUGAGCUUGCGUAA